GUGCCUGCCCUCUCGCCCUAUAUGCCUGUGUGGCGUGAGCUACCUGCCAUAUUGGCCACUUACCUGUGUAUGUAAUGUCUCUCAUCGAGUCUAACGUCCGAGCAGAGGAACGAGUACGCCAGGCUUCGUCUGGAUUUGGCAGCGUGGUAGGGGAAACGCACGGUCGGUCUGUGACAGUCUUGGUUGCUGCUGCCGACAACGACGGCCCUUGUGGUCUCAGUGCCGCUGAUCUUGCAUCGUUCGAAAGCGAGAAAACAAGAGAUAAGCUGAAGCUUAAGGCAGAUCACGUUGCAAAAUUCCACCGAAAGGUGGUCAGACGCCUAGCCACAGAAAAGCGCGCCGCACAUGCCCACACUCGUGGUGGAAGGGCUGUAAAAGCACAAAUAGGUUCCGCGGACAGUUUUGCGAAUUUCGGGGAUCGGUUGGAACCUCGUGGACUUGCGCCUAGGGAGGCACAAGGCACACCGUGGGAGCACGCCUUGCCACGGGAUGAGGCACCAAGUUUCCAAGCUAUCAAGGUCAUCGGAGUGCGCGGACACAAGGGCAGCCUGGCGGAUGCUGAUACUGAAUCAAGGAUGGCCCUAGCGGCCUAUCGCCAGUGUUGAAAGGCCACCACGUCAUGUGGACAGUUGUAGAUACACACGUUUUUUUAUACCGUUUUUCACAACGAAGAUUAAGAUUUGGAAUUGGAGGUGUCUCCACGCUUUGGUGAAAGGACUUGGCUUCGGUGAAGCUAUUACCUACUUUACUUUUGUCGGGCCAACGCGUAUGAUUGUUGCAUGUUAUUGACAUGCCUCGUCCAGGCAUUUCCUAUCGUAUCGG